UAGUUUAAAGUUUAUAAAAUUUUUAAAUUCAAACUAUUCGUUUUCGUAUUUUUCUUAUUUAAUAAGAAAUUUUGACUGAAGAUGGCGGCACAGUAAAAUUUUAUAUAUGUAUGUAAAUCUCGAGAUACACUCUAGAGGGCGCGAUGAUGAUUUAACACAUUAAUACAGUUAUUAAAAAAUUAGAGAGAAUGAUUUUUUUAAAAUAUAUAAUUUUUAUUAAAUGUAAUAUUUGGUUUAUCAGAAUUUUAUUAAAGUUUUAUAAACAUUUAAAUUUAAAGAAAAAAAGUAUUAAUUUUUACUGUGAGAUUGACAUGUUAACGUUCAUAUUAUAGUACAGGAGUGGUUUCUCCACAGUACAUUUAGCGAAACCAUUCAUCUUCGUCUGUUAAAAAUAUAAAUAAUUUAAAAAAUUAAAAAGUUUUUAAUGGAAAAUAAUGGCUCACUGCAGUUUAAAUACGAUUUACUGAUAAUAAAUCAACAAUUUUUUUCUCUAUGAUAGCUUGAAGAUGAUCUUAAAGUCAGGAACAAACUCUUAGAACUUAGCUUUAAAGUUCUAUUUGGGUUUUACACUUAAAAAUUACCUAAAAGGACAAUUCCAGAAGCGUAAUUAAGCGAUGCGCGACGUUAGAAACGAAUAAAUAAAAACCCACUGAAAAAGUUUAAAAGUCAAGUGAAAUCCAUUAUCUUUGUAUGAAUUCCCUUCACGGAAAAAUUAUAAGAAAAUUGCUGUAAUAAGUCACGAAAAAAAUAUUUUUAACAUGUCCGAAGUGAAUAGCUUCUUUGACGUGAUAAAAUUUAAAUUAAUUCGUUCAGAAUUUUAAAAUUUCGGUGAAAAUUAAAUGGUUAAUUAUCACGGCGAAUUGUUUAUAUAAUUUGAGCGAUACACGAGGAGAUGGCAUAAUUAAGAAUUACCGAGAAUCGCAUGUGGAAUACAUAGGAGAAAAGUUAAGAAUGGGAUGAAUUCAUUCGAUUAAAAUGUAAAAUAUCUUAGAAAACGGUUUAGGAUUUAUCAAGUAAAUGAAAAGUAAUUUAAUCAUAUGAUAAUUAUUGUGGAUAAUUACAUGGAAUUUGAGGCAUUGGCUCGAUUCACCAUGCCGACUGUAAUAACUAGUUUCGUAAAAUAUCGCUUACCUGUUUUAAGCUACUACUGUGUUAUUAAAAAUACUGUGGAAAAAUAUUUUAAAUAUAAUUAAAACGGUUUCGCGUGAAGAGAAUUCAUUUUAAAGAAUAUUAAUAAUUAAAUUAAAAAAUCAUUUCGAGUUAUGCCAACAGAUGUCGCGUCGAAACUAAAUCUGCCUUAAGCGUUUAGUGAAAUAUUAAAUUCCUUUAAAGAAUUUUAUUAUUAAAAAAUAAAUUUAAUUAAUAAGCUUUUAAUGAAUUUUCGAACAUGUGCGCCGUUUCGGCCAUUAAUUAAUUGCCCAUUACACUAAUUGAAAUUAUGAGUAAUUUAGUUUACACACGCGACAUUUUUAAUUGUUUAAAUCAAUGUGUUUUAUCGUUACGAUAUAUUAAAAGAUAAGUUACGGCAUGUUAAUGGGAAGAAAUGAACAGAAGGGCUGCGGGUGUAAUCUUAACGAAUAGGAAGCGAAAAUCUUCCGCCCACAGAAAAGUUAUCGGUCUAAUUUAUAUAAAUGGAAAGAUGGGAGCGCGUUUCUCUCAGGCAACUUAACUGCCUUUCCUGCAAACUAGGUACGGGUAGAUGCCGGAAGUGCAGGUAAAAGUAGGACGAUCGCAUCGUCGUCGUUGUGUCGGUUCGCAACCAGUCAGACUUGGAGUUGUAGAUGGAAAGAACUGCAGGUCUUUAGAAAAAGAUCUGUCUGUCUAUCUACUGCCGAUAUCUUGGCUCUUUCAUUUUGCAACUAUCGCGCAGGCGUGUUGGAUAAUCCGUUUCCGAUUGGACCGUCGUCACCCGUGGCCCUUGACACCGUUUCCGGUGGUGACGUCUACGGGGCUCGGAAUUAUGUGGGCCACUUUCGGUGGCUUUUUUUCGGUUUCUCAAUCGGUGCCCGAGUCGGCUUACAUUAAAAGUUUGACACUCGAGGUGUUCGACAGUCGACCGACGGCGGCCCAUGUUCGAAUAUCUGCCAGACGUUCCGUACCGUCGAAUGUGUCAUUACGGUAUCGCUUUUCUUUAUGUGUUUAGUUGUUAUCCCGUAUACCAGUUCACACCAUGCUGAAAGGUUGGUUCGACGCUUUUCGGACGAACGGUGGACCCACACUCUAUAGUUUUUCAAAUAGGACUCCUGUCGUAGAAGAUAUUCGCAACAUCAUCAUCUAUGUCAGCUUUUCUACCCUCUUCUUGGCAUUUUUGAUCGUCUUCCCUGGAAUUAGAAAAGAAAGGCUCUCUACUUUUAUUUCGGUAACUACCAGUCUGUUUGUUGGAGCUGUUAUUCUAAUAUCAAAUUACGGCACGGAUUGGCACGUGGCACAAACAACAAUAUCUAGUCCGUAUCGUGCAUUCUCCAGAGAAUUAAUAGUUGCCAAUUUGGGAGUCAGAAUCGGACUCAAUAGCGUCAAUGUCACUCUACAAGCCACGUCUAUUCACCGUCGUAACGAAGAGAUUAACUACAACGAAAGGUUCUACUGGAUAGGAGCCACAGAAUUGAAGAUGGAAUAUAAGAAAGCUCUAGUGAAAGGAUUGCCAUAUCCUAUAUUAACAAUAGCUGAAUAUUUAAGUCAAGAUUUAGAAGGUUUUUGUUGGGGAAGAAGGUAUAGAGAAGCUGGUUACUAUUCCUACAUUUUACUUUGGGCUGCCUUUUCCAUGUGGUUAGUGAUGAAUAUUCUAUUGUGUGCCGUUCCAAGGUAUGGAGCUUAUACCUUGCAAUUAGUAGGCGCUAUUAUGCUCUUCACAAACGCCAUUUAUGCUCUUUUGUUGCCAAAGAAACCUUUAGUUAUACCAUUCGAAGAUACGAAGUUAACAUUUCGAUACGGAUGGUGUUAUUGGUUGGUGUUAGUAGCAGGUGUUGUAGCAAUUUUGGUAGGUGCCACUAUUACAAUAUUGGACACUCUGUAUCCCAACAAAUUUUCCACUAUUCUGGAAGUGGAUUAUGAUACUCCAUACAGAUACUUCGUGGGGCAAGGAGCGGCAAGCCCCACUCCCGAAAGAAAGAGACUAGAAAGAACGUCUGUCAAACCUGAUUCUCUAAUGGGGGGAUCGGAAGAUAAGAGGGCAACAUCUUCGGCUCGUGCUGCUUACGAAAAUGAAGCUUUCGAAGAUGAUGGAGACAUCAGCACCAUCAUCAAUGGUAAAAAAGCGGUCAGUUUGCACCAUUUUGGAAAAUUCGCCCAAAGGGAAGCGGCCAGAAAAGGAACGUUUUCUGCUAUGCAGAGAAAAUUAACAAGUUUCACUACCGAUAGUCGUCCUCGACCCACGGAUGUGAAUAUAGAUUUACAGGCUGCUGCUAUGUGGUAGUAUUGAAAUUUCAAUUUUUCAUAUAUUCAAGAACUGCCAUAAAAUUUACAAAGACAGUAUUCUUAUUUAUAAUUCUUUCGCAAAGAAUCAUGUUCGACGCGUCACUUUCAUGUUCGUGUAUAUAAAUAUAUAUAUUCAAGUUGCGCAAGAAGCCCCAUACGAGACGUCCGUCCAUGUUCCUAACUUGUUCUAUCAUCUUGAAGCAAUUUCCGGAAUUACUAGUCAGCGAAAGAUUUAAGCUCAUCAAGAAGAAAAAAAGGAACUGUUAAAUACUCGAAGAUAUGGAUACAAAUUUAAUUCGAACAAUCAAAUGCUAUAUUUUAUCUAAUGUUUUCAGCAUUUGUUUAAGACUUUAAAAAACUAAAACGAAUUAAGAAAACAAACUAAAAUACAAAGGGCUUUCUCCAU